AUGAAUCAAAAUUAAAUUCUGGCUCAUGGGAGGAUCCACUUCCCAGUGCAGUAACAGCGAUUCACCACAAUACAACAACAACAACCACAGCACAACUGCAUAGCAACACACAAAAUCCAAGGCGUCCUGAUACGUUGGCAACAGGACGUAACGCUAUACAACCAUUAUUAAUACAGCCUCCACCGGCAGCAGGAAAAAAUCAUCAGCAGCAACAACAACAACACCCCAACAGUCAACAUACAACAACAACAAGUGCCAUAAGCCGCUGUGGAGAAGCGGCUCAAGAACAACCCCAACAACAGCAACUCCAACAUCAACAAAAUCCACAGCAGCUCACUAUUCAGGGAGCUGCUGUUACCGGCAACACAAUAGCUGGCGGUAGUUUUAACGCCAACGGCGGAUCAACUGCCGUUGGUUGUGGCAUUGGCGUUGGUACAACAAACUCGCCAAAUAACGCCAACGAUCAUCUAGCCGGCGCUACAAGCGGUGUGGCCAACGAAUUUCAAACCAUCUCACCCAUACCGCCACCAUUGAACAGCUCUUCGGAAGACGAAGAGUUGAAUCACGAGGAAGAUACAAACGGCAGCGUGACGUCAUCCGUAAGUGCCACCAAUCAACGCAAUUCACAAUUGCGUUCCACAUUUAAUCGGGCCAAACAACAUCUGUCCUUUGACAAAUGGCGUUCAACAAAUUCACAGGCAAAUUCACCGGCUGAUAGCAACAGCAGUAGUAGUAAUUCGACAACGAGUAGCAGUAAUAAUAGUAGCGGUGGAGGAACAUUAACGCGUCGCGCCAGUACAAGUUGUGCCACAAUGCCUACGGCUCAUCAACCGCCUCGAGAAGACAUUACGACGCCUGGCGAAUCGCCCGGCGGUCGUUUAUCGCGUUGGUUUUCAAUACGUCGCGGUUCAUCGCAUCAGUACGAUGUUGGUGGUCGUGAUGGCCGCCAUUCGAAUUCGUCCAGUAUUGAUAUACCCGAUUCGACAUGUGAUUCGAACAGUAUUGGAUCACCACAGAAACAUAGCAACUCAAAUUCAGCGAAUACAUCAAAAUCUGCGUGUAAAAUGCCUGGUGUACCAGAGAACGAUGAUGACGACAUGGCUUCAUUGACCACAUCGACUUCACGAUUCGAUUUGGAUUUUAUGAUACCACCGGGUAGUCGUGCCAAUGGCACUGCCCGUACCGCUCAUCAGCGUUUGGUGCAACCAAUGUUGCCACCAGCACCACCCGGCCUCUCUCAACAACAAUUAAAACGUCGUCACAUAGUAUCGGCCAUUGUGCACAGUGAAAAUUCAUAUGUGGCCACACUGCAACGUCUAGUCAAUGAUUACAAAAAACCUCUGGAAGAAAGUAGUCCACCCGUUUUGAGUGCUACCAAAAUUAACACGCUCUUUCAUCGCCUGCCCGACAUCCUGCAAUCGCAUCAACUUUUCCGCAUCGCCCUGGCCGAAUGUGUACGCAAUUGGGAUCGUGAUGAAAAACUGGGUGAUUGUUUUGUCAGCGCCUUCAGUAAGCCACGUAUCUUGGAAAUCUAUUCGGGUUUCAUUAACAAUUUCUCAGCUGCCAUGGAAUUAGCCAAAAUGGAGGAGAAACGCAAAUCGGCACUGGCGGAUUUCUUCAAAGUGAAACAAAUCAGUGCUCACGAUCGUUUAAGUUUUUUCGGUCUGAUGGUGAAGCCGGUGCAACGUUUCCCUCAAUUCAUACUCUUUCUGCAAGAUCUACUCAAAUAUACACCCCAGGGCCAUCAUGAUCGUAUGUCGUUGCAAUUGGCCUUAACACAACUGGAAUUGUUGGCCGAAAUGUUGAACGAACGUAAACGCGAAGCGGAACAAUAUCAGGGUUUCAAAGAGAUGUUGGGUCACAUCAGUGGCACAUUUAAUACACGCUCUCUAACAACGACCGAAGGCAAUCGGCCACGUUAUUUAUUGCGCGAGGAUAAUGUAACGCAUAUGGAAUUUAAUCAGGCCGGUUUUAUAGUCAAAUCGAAACAGCGUCGACUGUUGCUGCUGAACGAUAAGGUGAUUUGUGUUUCGGUGGCGCCCAAACAAUCGCAUGAUUUUGGUGCGACCGAGAAAUUGACAUUCAAAUGGAUGUAUCCGGUGACAGAUGUGGAAAUUGUUGAUAAUAGUACUUCUGCAACUUUGUCGAGAAUAUUAACUGCAGGUCUCAAUCGCGGCGGAAGUCUUAAAUCGAAUAGCAGUUCAUGCAACAACAAUUAUCAAACCAAUACCCUACCCGCCAAUACAUCAUCGCCAUCCGCCACCAUGGCCGGCUAUCAAAAUCCCGCCUUCGAUAAUUCACCCGCAGCUUUAUUAACCAAUGGUGCUGACAACCUAUGCAACGAGAUGUCUACCCUGAUGUAUGAUUAUGAAGUUGUAUCGCGUAUCAACGAUUUGGUUGGCACCCUAAAGGGUACCUAUAAAGAGCUAAAUACCAAUUUAACACGAAAUCUCAUGAACUCCAUACAAAGUUCAAUACAGCGUAAAAACGAAGAAAUGGCCUGGGUCGAUUCGUGCUGCCUGCAAUUGGUGGCCCGAUCGAAAAAUGGCAAAGAGGAAACAUUUACAUUCCAAACGGCAAAUCCCAGCGUGAAAAAGGAAUGGAUAACGGAAUUGCGUUUGGCCCAGCUGGCAUUGGAUGUAAAUAAUUCGCCAGCAUGGGAGACCACACCGGCUGAACCAUGUGCCACCAGUACACCGGCCUAUGAGCAGCAGCAAAUGCAAUUGGUGCAGAGACAAACAAAUAAAAUGCCAUUGUUUGUCAAGGCGAUGCCCAUUCAUAAGUCACAGCAUCAAACGGAGGUUCGCUGUGGAUGUUAUUACAGCAUCGCCAAUGAUCCGAAACUCAGUGGCAAUGCACGCCGCCGCCACAAACAACAAAAUUAUCUCUGGAUUUGCACCACAAACACGACUGCAUCACAAAUUACCGUUUUCUCUCAGCAUCAUCAACAAGCGGGCAAUUUGCGAGAUGUCAGCACCUUUGAAUUGGCCGAAACCCAGGUGACGGCCAUGGAAUUUGUUAAGGGCUUGGAAAACUGCAAGACACGCGAGGAUAUGAACAGCCUUUUGGGAGAUCUCAUAUGGAUGGGUACCGAUACCAAAAAAAUACUCAUCUAUACGGCUAAAAAUCCUGAGCAGGAACAACAAUUACAUUGUUGCAAUGUCCAAGGUGUGGUCAUGAAAAUACUCUAUCAUUUCGAUACUGUCUAUGUGGCCCUAUCGAAUGCCACAAUUUUAAUUUAUCGCCGAUCCUAUGAUGGUGUUUGGAUGCUAAAAGAUCCUCAGGUGGUGGUGAUGGGCGAUUCUGGUCUACCAGUACCCAGUAUUUUACCCAUCAAUAUGAACAUCUAUGCGGCAUGUGCCAAUCGUGUAUACGUCUUAAAUGCCCUCAACGGAGAGAUUCAACGGAGCUUUGAAGUCCAUCAUGGUUCUAAUCAACAGGUGAAUCUAAUGGCUCAUUCGGGUAUUGGAUUGUGGAUUUCAUUGAAAAAUUCCACAAUGUUGUGUUUGUAUCACACGGAAACGUUCAAGCAUUUACAGGACAUCAACAUUGCCUCCAGUGUAUUGCGUAGUGAUGGCAAAAAGGAACAUGCCGUGAAUAACAGCGCCAUAUAUGUCACCGCCUUGAUGGCUUGCAAAGGUCUUUUGUGGGUAGGCACAAAUGUGGGUAUUGCCGUAACUAUUCCAUUGCCCCGCUUGGAAGGUGUGCCAAUCAUCAGCGGUGGCAUCAGUAUGUCUUGUCAUGCUCAUUUCGGCCCCAUAACCUUCCUCUUGCCAUUGGUGCCCAAAGCUUAUCCCAGUUAUAAACCAACUGCACAAUCGUCACAGACAAUGCCAUUGGCUAUAAAUAUGCCUGGAGAGAUGGCGACGACGACCAUUCCACCGCCCGUACCCAGCAUGGGCGAUGAUUUGCAAUUGCCCGCCAUCGAUGCUGAUCCCAAAAAACUCACCGAUGCCGAAUUGGACGAUACUUCAGUGAUACUAAGACGUGACCUGCCCAAAGAUGACAAUGGUUCCGGUUCUGCCUCACCUUCAGCUGCCAUGUUGCGGGAAUUAAGUAAUGAAGGUGGCGGAGCAGAUUCCACAACCUCUUCACCACGCUGUUCCAAAUUGGAUAAACAAAAUUCUCUGGAUCAAAGUUUUUCGGCCAAAAUACGUGCCUCUUUGGCCAAUUCACCGGCUUUCCAUCGCAAACGUUUCCGUGACUUGUCCUCGGAAUCGGCACGCAUGUCUAAAACAUUGCCUAGAGGUUUGGGCUCAGCAGGUGCCUAUUUCCAAUCGGGUACAAACUCGAAUACCAGUACCCUAUCGCAUACCGAACAUGGUUAUUGCGAUGUUUAUGGUCUGUAUGGCAAACUGAUCUAUGUCAAGGAAGACUAUGAUGCCGAAGAAGGUACCCAAGGCAAUCUUAUGGAUAUGAUGUAUGAAGGUAUGCGUCGUUCGGAUCCCGAAUUGGCUGCCAUACCGGGACGUGUUACCACAUUGGAUAGACGUUUGCGUAUGAAAGCUUCUAGACCCAGAUCGUUGGAUUUGUCCAAUUGGUCAGUGGAUUCUAAGUCAUCGAGUUUAUACACCUCUUCGGGUAGUGAAGAGAGUAUGGGUAUACGUUUCUUUGGCGGUCGCUCAGUAUCACGCAACAGUUCCAGUGCAAGUCAUAAAACUUCCGGAAAUGGCAGUGAUUUGGGUAACAUAUCGGAGAAUGGCCUAAUGACCGAUUUACAUUACACGCAUAGUACACCAAAAUCCGAUGAUGGUUUCAAAUUUAUGCAGCAGCAAAAGCAACAAGCGUCCGGAUCUGCAGCCGCUGCACCCAGUACAACACCACCGCCAGCAGCCACGGCCACACUGAAACGUAAGCAGAAACAAAAUGCCAAACAACAGCAGCAGCAACAAGCCGAUGGUCCACGUACCAUUAUCACUUUGACUGGUGGUCGGGGUUAUUGGCGUCAUGUUUGGUACAACAACACCACAUCGCCCGGUCAUAAGUCUUCAUCAUCAUCGGGUUCCCUAAGUUCGGGAGCCUCAUCGCCACUAAUUGCCAACUCGAACGAUGCCCACAUUGUUAUUUGGGAGAAAAAGUUAUAAUCUCCGGAGUAUGUGUGGCACAACAAGGCCACACCUCCAUAUUCGAUAUCC